GUCAUUUGUAUUUCGUGGCAAUCUCGAACUCGACACGUUGCGAGUUACGAGAUACUAACUCGGUCUCUUUCACGUUAAGCGUGUUCCAUAGUGUUACGUGUGCUAGCAAGCACUAGUUUUAAUUAAACUUUAAAAAUGGUGGCCCAAAAGAAACAGAAAAAGUCCCAGGAGGGUAUUAACACAAGACUAGCUCUGGUUAUGAAAUCCGGGAAAUACGUCUUAGGCUACAAGCAAACGCUGAAGUCCCUCCGGCAAGGCAAAGCAAAAUUGGUCAUCAUCGCGAAUAACACUCCUCCUCUAAGGAAAUCGGAGAUAGAAUAUUAUGCCAUGUUGGCGAAGACAGGUGUACAUCAUUAUGUCGGAAACAAUAUAGAAUUGGGAACCGCGUGUGGAAAGUAUUUCCGCGUGUGUACCCUUUCUAUUACAGAUCCUGGAAACUCCGAUAUUAUAAAGUCUAUGCCCACUGGUGAUCAGGCAUAAGUAUAUAUUUUUUAUUUAAUAAAAAUUCAAUAAAACCUAAA